UUGACCGCGUAACCGUCUCCGAAGUCGGUGUUAAUCAUCUCGUCAUCGCCAGUAGCUCUGUGAUCCGUGAAUUGAUUGAAUCGUUGAUCGCAUCGACUGAUCGAUCGCAUGCAUCGUUAAGGAUUAAAGCAAUGAGAAUCCGCACAGUUCCCUGCUUUCAGACAAUGGCCGCUUUGGGCCUUCUAAUGCUUGUUGGCGUCCAUGGAACCACCAUAAUCAGCAUUAAAUACCCGCAAACACUGUUGCAGCAGCAGAAGGCAGGCGGCGAUGUGGGGCUGGAGCAUCCGCAGCCGGCAAAGCGGGACCUUAGCCUGAGCUAUGCGGCCACCAAUAUUGAUUCCAAGGAGGGAACACGAGUCAAGACCAUCACCGUGAUCAAGAAUGUGGGUGGCGUCGGCGGUGAAGUGCAGAGGCAGCAGCAGAAGCUGGCCAUCGAUCCGUCACUGCAUCAGAACGAGGAUUGGGCGAGUGCAUUUCGUGAUAACUUUGACUCCUAUGGGGCCCUGCCCGAUGUCCCCGAUAUAGACGAUUUGUUUGAGUUUGUGAAUCGCAAGAAGCCCGACGAGGCACCGAAGAAGGCACUGGAAGCGGAGACCAAGCCCAAGCCAAAGCCCAAGCCCGUAGAGGAGACGACCACCAGGAAGGCCGUCAGCGAGCAGAGCGAGAGUAGUGGCAGCAGCAGUAGUAGCGGCAGCGGUAGCGCUAGCACCAGCAACAGUGACAGCGAUGAGGCAGUGGUGGAGAAGAUCAAGGGUGAUGCCGAGCUGCUGCCACACAUUAAGCAGGCGAAUAUCCUACGUCUGCAGGCGGCCCAGGCACGCGCAUCCAUGGAGAGUCGCCUGAAGACGCGCGAGUCCCUAAUAGCCGUCAACUACUCGACGCCCAUGCACCAGGUGACGCAGUACUUUGACAACUAUGUCCAGGCAGUGCCCAAUGGCUACGAUUACUCCAAGCCAUGCGGUCCCCCGCCUGGGGGUAUUAGCUACCAGGUGACGACGCCCUCGGGACGCACCUACGACAUACCGCAGAGCAAUAGCAGUGGCACAGGAGGCGGCAAUCAUCCCUACUUGGCACCGUCGCUUACGAAGAAGACGCAGAUUCCGCCACAGGCUCCGGCACAGCCUCAACAGCCGCAGGGGCAGCAGCCUCAGCCUCAACAGCCGCCUAAUUACUCCUCGGUAAACUCGAUUGUGCCGCCCGUUGGCAAUCCUCCUCCUCAGCCACAGACGCAGCCUCCGUUUCAGCAGCAGCCGCAGCCCCAGCCCCAGCAGCCAAGUGGUGGAAUACUGCCGCCUCUUCCGGCAGUCGGCAAUGGGAUCUCCACCAGCCAGCGGCCCUAUGUGGCGCCGAGGCUGCGCAACAAUGGCCUUGGCAUCAGUCGGGGACCGGUGUCACCUUUGCCACCGCUAGGCUCGCCGCCCCAGCAGGCGCCCAGCUUCCGCUCUGGCAUCUUUGGAGGCGGUGGCGGCCCAAAUCGUCCAAACACGCUGCGUUCACGUGGCCUAAAGUAUUGACCGCAAACUACAUAUAUAUUCGGGUCUACAAACUGUACCUUAACUUAAGUAUCAAGAGAGUUUCCUAAUAAACACAACACAUUAUACUAUGCCAGAAUGAAAAAAUCAAUAGCGGGGCUGCUGGCCUGCGCAUUUUCACUACUUUUCACUUGAAUGGAUUUUUAGUUUACUUUCACUAAGAACACGGUUUUUUUUUUGGUCAGCGACUUAGAUAUUAAACGCCCUGGUCGUUGGGGUGCUCCUGUUCUGCGUUGGACGCCGUACGAGUACGAUUUAUUCAAUGAACUUUUACUCACCUCACACCAAAUGGGAAACCAUACAAAUACGCAACUUAUUCGAGGGGCCAAUGCACAAAGACAAUUAGGGUUCGGUUUUGCUGCAAGCGCUAUAUAUUUAUUCGGUUAAUUUCUAUUGCUUAUUCAAUGUGAAGUCUAGAAUUUCCCACAACAAAAAUGCUGUAAUUGCUGAAUUGUGACAGUGAUAGAAAAAACAUGGCGGCCACACACGAUUGGCUCUAUCGAUGUAUAUACCCAACGAUACACAGGGUUGCAAAAACAUCGGUUUGGUUUGGUGCGAUAAGUGGAAAUUCCAUCGAUAGUGGGCCGAUACUUCAAUCGAUGGUUUUGCACCGCCUCUAAUGCAUAUCGUGCGUAAUUUCCAUUUAUUUUGCUCCUGCUUUCAUCAAAUGUUUUCACACACUUGAACUGCAUAAAUAAUUACAGAAAUUGUGUAAAGACCUUGCAACGAGUGCACUAAUCACGUAUUAAAUAUUUGCCUUGGUGUUCGCUUUCGUUUUCGGGCAUAACGAACGCUUUUCCAGACGCAGUCCGCACACAACUAAACGUCGACGUCAGUGGGCGACGCGCAAAAAAAAACCCGAGAAUUGCGAUAGAAAAGAGUGCACGCACAAACUGAAG